AUGGCAUGGAGUGUUCAACAGUAUGUAGUAAAUUAUCGUGACAAGCAAGCAAAGAACAGGCAUCCACAUCGCGCUCAGCUUUCAUACACGGACACUAUUCCCACACUCUAUAUUGUGCGACAAGUUUUCAAGUUCCUAUGGCUAUGGGCUGGCCUUGAGAUACCCAUGGUCCUUAUACGACCGCAUUCUCGAUGUCAUGGAUUCUACAAAUAUCUGCGUUCAGACUUAAUUGUUCUUUCCAAGUACUAUCUCACAGGAAGAUCGCUUUACAUUCCAAGUAUUACAUUAUUCAGUUGUGCGGUAUUUGCGACCUCCCAAAUAACUCCCCAAAAAUUUCGACUUCAGAUCAUCGAGGUGCAUGGCGACUUCUGUCGGUCGAUGAAUGCUUGCCUUGUAUUUGCAUCAAAUUCGUGCUGCCAAAACUUGAGAGUUAGUGUUCGGACAGUGCAGGCGUUGAGAUUGUUCGACAUGCCACAGCGAACCAUUACUGUCAUCUUCCAUGUGAAUACGGAUGAUUGCAUGGUUAUCUUGCUCCAUUAUGACAUCUUUUGCCAAGUGUUUUUGUUUGAAUUGAAUCGUCUUCUCGUCGCCUGUCAAUCCCUGCAUCUCCUCAAAGCCGCACCAAUGCGAAAUGUGGUAUCAUCUCCACUCAUGCAUAGCACCCAACGCGACUGCAAUACACAGUCCAAAAGCCUCCCGUAA